AAAGUGAAGAAGCCACCCGCCCGCAAAGACUGCUCCACCUGCGGCCGAACCCUCUCCCCGGGCUCCUUUCCCAAAGCAGCCACCUCCAACUGCAAGCACAAAGCCACCGCGUGCAAGGCAUGUCUCAAGAAGUGGAUCACCGCUCAACUCGACACCGUCACCUACGACAACCUCGCCUGCCCGGAAUGCCCGCAGCUACUGACCAACCAAGACGUCAAGGCCAACGCCACCAAGCCGACGUAUGAGCGUUUCGAGGAGCUGGAGCGCCGCGGCAUCGCAGACAACACUCCCGGCUGGCGUUGGUGUCUCAAUCCGCGAUGCAGGGCGGGACAGGUGCAUGUGCCGCCGGCGAGUACGACUUCCAAGGACAGCAGCAAGAGCACCAAGAGCGCGUGGAAGUUCUGGAGUAGCGGGGAACACAAGGCGGAGCCCAACAUCUGCGAUUGCAACGAAUGCGGUGCGAGAGCUUGCGUGCCGUGCGAUCGCAUUCACCCGGAGGCAGAGUCGUGCGCCGACUGGCAGAAGCGUCUCAAGGGGUUCGCGGCGGAGGAGAAAGCGACGCUGAAGGCCAUCGCGACAAACUGCAAGCAAUGCCCGAACUGCAGCAAGAAUAUUCAACGAAACGGAGGCUGCGAUCACAUGCUUUGCACCCAGUGCAGGACAGCCUUCUGCUGGCUCUGCCUGACCACGUACAAG